AUGGCAAGAGCAGCUUUGUUCAUCAUUUUUCUGGUUCUCCAUUUACUCCAUUUGGUAAGCUGCCGGUCUGUUAAAGACUAUGUGCUCAUUUCUGAUGGCUUAGAUGAAAACUUGAUCAGCCAGUCUUCUUCAUUUAUACAAGUAGUGGAUGAUCUUAAGGCAGAUACAGUGACUUGCGAACCCAUCUAUGGAUUCUUGCCAUGUGCAACUUCAUUCUGGGGGCUGGCUUUCCUGGUAAUUGUCUACGAGAUCUUGCUCUACCUUGCAAAUAGCUUCAUUACAAGUGGAUCCGAACUCUUCUUUAAAAUGUAUGGGUCUAAAUUCUUUGGUGCUAGUGUCUUCCACUUGCUUGGCACAGUACCACAAGUGGGAAUUGUUCUUGGAACCGCAGAAACUGCAGAAGCAAUGGCUACAAUGAACAUGAGCAUGGUUGCAGGGUCAGGAAUCAUGCUUCUUACACUAGUAUGGGGUUCUGUUGUAGUAUUUGGCAGCUCUGAUGUCUCGGAGUCUCCCGGUUCUUUAAAUCAAGGACUUAAGAAGUUCUUCAGCACUUGUUAUUGUGUAACAACUGAUGCUGAAACCCGCUCUACUGCAAGAAUCAUGAUGGUGUCAGUGAUCCCCUUUCUCAUUCUUCAAGUGGCUAAAGUCCUUUCUUCAACCUCCGGGAUUCGUAUCGUUAUCCUAGUUUCUCUACUUGUUUCAAUUGCAUUACUAGUCACUUACUGCAUCUAUCAGGUCUUUACACCAUGGAUUCAGGACAGAAGACUUGAUUUUUUGUUACCCGGUUUUCUCAAUGCAAACGGAGACCCUAAUGUAUCAUAUAUACUAGAGGUGUUCAGUAGAAUCGACCAGAAUCACAAUAAAUAUAUAUCAGAAUAUGAACUGAGAGCAUUGAUCCUAGGAAUACAGAUAAGAGAUGUAGGCUUGGAGAUUGAUUAUCUAGAGAAGGCAAUGAAGAACUUUGAUAAAUCCGGUGAUUCUCGAAUAUCUGAGAAGGAGUUUGUUGAUGGAAUCUCAAAAUGGGUUAAUGCAACGCCCUCUGCCAAUGGUCAAGGUCAAGGUCAAGCUCAAGGACAAAGAAGGUUUCUAAGCAGCAAGUCCAAGGAAGCUUUGGACGAGCAGCAGAAGCAGGUUCCUAAGAAAAUGAAGAAUAAGCAUAUGGAUAAAACUUGGAGGAAUCAACUUAAGGCUGCUUGUUUUUUGAUCAUCGGGAUUGGCAUUAUGAUCUUGCUUGCAACACCCCUCAUGGAGACUAUCCAAGACUUCUCUACUGCUGCAAGCAUCCCUUCAUUCUUGUCCUCCUAUGUUUUGAUACCCUUCGCUAUCAACAUUGGACAGGCAUUGCAACUUGUAACUUCUGCGCAACACAAGACUGAGAAUGCCAUCUCUUUGACACUCUCAGAGAUGCAAGAUUGA